AACCAACCAUCAAUUAAAAAACAAAACACUCUCUCUGUUCUGAUUCUUUCCCUGUUACGCCCCCUCAAUUCUUCUUCCUCCUCCUCUUCUCCUUCUGCUCUUCUAUUCGUUGGAUUUGGUUGUAUUGCUCAUGGAAUUUGCCUGUUGACGAGCUCCAAGUCAGAAGAAAAUUUGCCGGAAAAAUGAGUUGGAAAGCCAAAGGAGAGCUCCAUUCUAAAAGCGUCAUAUCUCAAAAAUGGACACUUUUCCUCUGCCUGGCAAGCUUCUGUGCUGGGAUGUUCUUCACAAACAGGAUGUGGGCUAUUCCUGAACCUAAAGGACUAGCUCGACUAACGCCCAUGGAAGCUCAAAAGUUGAACGUAGUUUCAGAGGGUUGCAAUCCAAGAAUUUUGCGUGAGAAGGAAGUGAAGAGAGAUUCUAAGGACGUUUUAGGAGAAGUUUCCAAGACUCAUAAUGCGAUACAAACUUUGGACAAGACCAUAUCAAAUCUAGAGAUGGAAUUGGCGGCAGCAAGGGCAACUCAGGAGUCUUUGCGCAGUGGUGCUCCUGUAUCGGAAGGUUCAGAGAUAGUUCAGCCGUCUGGCAAGAGAAGGUACUUAAUGGUUAUAGGAGUUAACACUGCUUUUAGCAGCCGGAAAAGAAGAGACUCAGUUCGUGCAACUUGGAUGCCACAAGGUGAGAAAAGGAAGAAGCUGGAGGAAGAGAAGGGCAUUAUCAUCCGUUUUGUCAUUGGCCACAGUGCUACAUCAGGGGGUAUUCUGGACAGAGCUAUUGAAGCGGAGGACCAAAAGCAUGGAGACUUCCUGAAGCUGGAUCAUGUCGAAGGAUACUUAGAAUUGUCAGCCAAGACAAAGACAUACUUUACUACUGCUGUUAACUUGUGGGAUGCUGAUUUCUAUGUUAAAGUUGAUGAUGAUGUUCAUGUCAACAUUGCAACAUUAGGAGAAACUCUAGUUAGACACCGAUCAAAACCUCGAAUAUACAUUGGAUGCAUGAAAUCUGGACCGGUCCUUAAUCAAAAAGGGGUAAGGUACCAUGAACCUGAAUACUGGAAAUUUGGCGAGGCUGGAAACAGGUACUUCCGUCAUGCCACAGGUCAAUUGUAUGCCAUUUCCAAAGACUUGGCUUCGUAUAUUUCAAUAAACCAGCACGUUCUUCACAAGUAUGCCAACGAGGAUGUCUCACUCGGAGCUUGGUUCAUAGGACUUGAUGUGGAGCAUAUAGAUGAUAGAAGACUUUGCUGUGGCACCCCACCAGAUUGUGAAUGGAAGGCUCAAGCAGGCAACGUUUGUGUUGCUUCAUUUGAUUGGACCUGCAGCGGCAUUUGCAGGUCUGCUGAAAGAAUCAAAGAGGUCCAUCGGCGGUGUGGAGAAGGCGAGAAGGCCUUAUGGAGUGCCUCUUUCUAGGCAAAGACUCGGAAUUCUUCUGAUCUCCGGAAGAUAGGUUAUCAGAAUAGCAAUCUAUUAGGCUUGCAGGAUUUUGUCUUUUCUUUUUUUGAUCCCUUAUAUAUUUUUCUGAGUAUAUAAAGAAAUAUCUUAUUAGAUGAGAGAAAGAGAGGGGGAGAGAGAUUGUGUGGGGUUGUUCCAUGGACCUUCAAUAUUUUACUUGAGGAGAUUGACCAUGGCAGCAGCCAGAAUGAGGAAGCACCAAGAUAGUCAGUCACUGAGCACUGCCCAUUCUUUAAUGCUUGAAGGGCCACUUUGUAUGUUAAUAAUAGAUCCCAUGGCUAUCAAGCUCCUAAGAAAUAAAUGUAGAUAUCUUCUCAAUUUGGUUUCUUGUUUUUCAAGGUUGAAGUUCUUGUAUUACUCUCUUAAUAACCUCUCCUAUAUUUACAUGGCCAGAUUCCUCAA